UUUGGCAAAGUCAAGUGAAUUUAUCACGUAUUAAGAUAAUUAAUAUAACAAAUCAUUAUUUCGAAAUUUUUGAAUUGCCAAUAGUGUGCGAAUUGCAUGCUUUAACAUCGAUAAGAAUAAUCGUCAAUCGUUAAAUUAUUCAUCUGACUACUUGUUCUAUUUGUAUUUGCCUAAUUUUUUGAAGAAUAAAGGCAAUAGGAAACCACUGAAUAUCGCCUGAUGAUAGAACGUUCUAAUAUUUAGCUUAUAACAGUAGGAAAACAGUAUUGAAAAUGGACACAUCACAUAGUAGAGACACACAGAAGAAUCCAAUCGAAGCUCUGAGCAAAGAUGAACUCAUUUCCAAAUAUAAAGGUUUGCUUGGCAUUGCCAAAAAAGCAAAGCUAGCAAAAGAUGAGCUUACCGAAGAGAACCGCCAGUUGAAGGAGGCGUUGGCAAAGCUGGCCACCAAACAGAGCAGUCUGCCCGCGAUGCAGGAGAUGCUGCAGGACUUUACCGACAAAAACCUGGUAUUGAUGGAGCAACUUAAUAGCUUACAGCGUAGAACCAAAGAGGACGCUGAGCGCUUAGAAAUGUUCCAGAUCGAAAAUGAGAGCCUCAAACGUCAACUAGGACGCUUAAGUGAUGAAAAUGAUGAUCUACUGGCAGACGUAGAACGCAUGGAGCAGGCCAUGCACCAGGUGAACAGUCUUAGCAAUGAACAGCGAAAGAAUCUUGAAUUUCUCGAGGAAGACAUUGUUAAAAUAAAGGAGGCCGAGUCUGAAAAUGGAAUAUUAAAGCAGCAGGUUGAGAAUGCUGCAGAGGAAUCGAGACUGCGGGUCAAAGAGCUGAAUGAACUGCAGGAGAAGUACGAGUCAGUGAAGCAAUUGAAUUCGGAGCAACGCAAGAAGUUCAAUACGCUCAAGGAUCGCUUUAUCGAUGUGCAUCGCAAGCUGAAGAACCUCAAGGAAUGCAAGUGUGUUUUGUUGGAAACGCAACAUGAAUACGCAGCAUCGGUUUCCAAGUGGCAGCAGGAGAUUAUCAAGGCUUCUCAGCUACUUUGCGGUAAGAUGACAACGUUACAAGAGGAGAAUCUACUGCUUAAGCAUCAACUUAAUGCGGCAAAUGCAACUCCCAACCAAGUGUCAUUAAAUAGUCAAAAAAUAUUGCAGAAAGUAUACGAGAUGGAACGUUUGGCCACGCUAGCAAAGCAGCAACAAGCACAUAAGCAACAAGCGCAGCCUUCAAAAAUCCCUCUAGACAUAGACAGCUUGUUGAAUAAAUUAAACAAUGUGGAACGGUUGACAAAUAUAAUCAGGGAACAACAAAUCACAGCAAAAACACCAACUAUGAAGCCAGAAAACUCUUCUAUUAACGUGUCCCACAUCAGUGAGAAAAUUAAUCAAGUGCAACGCUUGGUUCACGUUAUACAGAAGGAACGGAGUGAUCAGCUGAGUACACAGACCUUAAUGCAGCAAAAAUAUGAGCGCGAGAAUGUGCAACUGGAGACGAGUUGUGUAGAGCUACGACAGCAUAAUGACGAUUUGCAGUCGCGCUAUCAGCUGAAGGAGCACGAACAUGCUGAACUCUUGGCAGAGAUGCGAGAGCUUAACGAGGCGUUGAAGGCACGAGGCGAUGUCAUUUCCCGUAUGCAGGAGCAACACGACAAGGGCCACAAAGAGUUACAGAUUUUGACCGAAACUCUGACGGAAAAAUCACAGCAACUUCAGCAAGCACAAAACAGAAUUGAUGAACUAGAGCAGCACGAGCAGAAUGCUGAUGCCCAGAGUGAUGUGUUGUCUACAUCAACGAUUUCACGCGCCGAGGAAUUGAGUCGCUUGCGCGAACUCGACGAUGGAUACGAAGAAAAAUAUAACAAGCUGCGAACGCUGACUGUUAAGCUCAAAAAGAAGCUUCAAGAGCAGAUGCAGCAAAUUAAAGACAUGGAACAGGCUGGUUCAGCUAAACUUGAAACUGAACUAGAAGCUAUUAAAGUAGCACGGACGCAGCUUCAACAGGACUUAAAUAUGGCUCGUGCAGAAAACCAAAAACUUAAGUCUAAGGACAAGGCGAAAAGUUCAAAUGUAUUGAAUUUGGAAAUUGAGGCUGCUGAGAAAUCAUUGGCGGAAGUAAGUAGUAAACUCUUGGCAAAGACAUCGCAAUUAGAUGCAUUGACGGAAACACUUGUUAGCAAAGAGAACACCAUAACGCAAAUGCGGCAGGAGAUCAGCAUAAUGGAGGAAGCGCAAAGGGGCGAGGCAGCGCAUAGCAAGCAAUUGAAGCAACAAAUCGACCUGAUGCAGGCGCAAAUUAAAGACGCUGUCCAUGGCAAACAGCAGACACUGUCGGACAACAAGGAACUCGAGCAGAACGUGGAGCAGCAAAAACAGCAAGUGGAACAGAUGCGUCUUCAGUUGGCCGACAACACGAAGCAAUACGAAUCUAAACUUAAGCAUUCACAGGACAUGCUGCUCAACUGCACUCAACAACUGGAGAUGCGAAUGAACGCACUUGCUGAGCUGGAAACAUCGUUGCGCAAUACUAAUCGAAGCAAUGAACAACUGCAAGCUGAGUACUCGGAGUACAAGAUUAAAGCACAGUCGGUGCUGCGCAAGCAACAGAAUCGAGACACUGCUAAGGAACAAGACCUCGAAACAGAAUUAGCUGCGAUGCGUACAAUGGAGCAACAAUUACGCAACAGCAAUGAGGCAAGCACCAAGCGAAUCACGCAAUUGGAAACGCAAUUAGACGACAUACAACGCGACAACUCGCAAUUACAGCAACGCAGACAGGAAUUGGUGACGGUCUCCGACGACUUAAGGGAGCAAAUAGAUACUUUGACUCAGGACAAUCAACGGCACCUGCAACAACAGCAACAGCAGCUACAACAGCACCGCCAACAGAUUGAGCAAAUGGAUGAUGUACACCAACUGCAAGUUUCCAAGCUGCAGCAUCAAAUCGAACAGCUCGAGAAGACAUCAUCCACAUCUAUUCAGACCGUGGCUCCAAUUGCUGCGCCAAUUUCUAAGGCAAGCGACGAUCCCCCAAGUACUGAACAGAGCAAAAUAGAUUAUUUACUCGACCAUGACGGCAGUGGGGAGACUCUUGCACAAUUGGCAGCACAACGCAAGAUCUCUACAGCGUCACGUCGGUCUCACGAUUUUAUACCAUUGGAUGAGCUGCUAAAUACAUCCAUACAUUCAAUCCACAGCGAUAAGGUAACUACGUUUUCUAAUUUCGGACGCAGCGUUAGCAUGCAGGACGAUGAAUCAGAAUUAGAUGUGAGUGGCGAAGCGCAGGCAGCGCUUUUGGCCACCAAAGAACGAUUGAGCAUACAGGAAAGUCGUGUCCGUCAUCUAACCGCUCUAUUAGCCGAGAAUGAACAGGAUCUGGCCAAGCUGACACAAAUGAAUGAUAUGCUCAAGGAAGAACUGCGUCGUCAGGAACGUUCAGAGGAGCGGGAGCAGCACAUGCACAACUCGGAAUAUCUUAAGAACGUAUUCUUGAAGUUCAUCACACUAAGUAACACGGAUGAGCGACAACGCCUGGUGCCGGUGCUAAAUACAAUUUUACGUCUAAGUCGCAAUGAAAUGGAAAUGCUAAAUGCUGUGGCAAAAGGACAGAAAGUUUCCAAUGAUAGCAGCAAUCGCAGCUGGAGUGGAUUUCUUAGCGCUUGGAGCGGAAGUGGCAGCAACACGUCAGGCAAUAACAAUUAACUGCCGAACUGUCUUUUCGGGUUCAUUGGUAUUAAAUAUAAUAUACCAGUUAACCAGUUUGUGUAUAUUGUAUAAAUCUUGUAUAUGGUUAUUGUCCCCAAAAAUUGUUUGUGUAUUUUCCUUUCAAUUAACUAAGGAUGCCACUUAUCUCAUGCUUUAUCUAUUUACAUCAAAACACAGAUGUACAUAAUUAAUACUGAAUAAUAUAUGGAGCGCCCUAUACAGCAUUCCAGCCACAAUAUAUGUAUAUGUAAAUAUGAGUGUGAAAAUAAAAAUACUAUACGUACAUUUUA